AUGACUUCGACUGCCAACCCUCAGUCCAACCCGGCACCCAACACCUCCGCUGCGACUUCGGCUCCCUCAUAUGCUUCCGCUGCCGGUGCGACCAAGAAGCAAGCCUCCACGCCGCUGAUUGCGACGGGAUCCAACCCACCUGUGGUGGUCGGUGGCUCCUCUGCGCAAAAUGCAAAGCCGUCUGCUCCGUCACCAGUAAAUGGACGUCCUCCCAUCACACCUGCUGUGCCCGCUGCCCCAGCAGUCGCUCACGGCUCUUCCAACAACAACAUGAACGGGAACGCGCCCGAUCACGCCCGCAAGAGCUCCGUCACUCUUAGCGCCAACGGCCCCAACAGCUUCGCUCCCAACGGCGGCCCUGUCGGAGGCUCCAAGCCUGGCAUUCAGUUCGGCUACAACUCUCCCGCCGUCGCCCACAGCACCCCUCAAGCAACGGCUGCUCCUAUCCCCAUCCCCGGAUCCAACAAUCAGCGUGUGCCCUCUCCCGCGCAUUCUCCCUCUCCUAUCCCCCAACCUUCUGCUAGCGGUGGGCGCCCUCCUUCGGGCAUGGCUCCAUCCAACGCCAUGACCUUUGGAAGUCUUGGAAGCGAUGGCGAUCGCCACAUGAGACAAGCCUCUACUCCUCAGACCCAAACCGCGCAGCCCGCGCAGCCUGGCUCGCAUAUUCGUCGGGAAUCCGGUGUUUCCCAGCACAGUGACGCUACUGGUCCCAACCAGGGUCCCAACCGUCAGGGUUUCCAGCCUCAGGGCGGCCGUGGCCGUGGCUUCAACCCUCACCAGCCUCCCUACAACGCCAACAUGGGCUUCCCCCCCAACCAGCAAUACCGCAAUGGUCAGGGCCGCGGCGGCAUGCCGCCUGCCUUCCACCCCGGAAGACCGAUGCAACCCUACCCCAACUCGCCCCAGCCGGCCCGAAGCCCUGCCCUGGCCCAGUCCCAGCCAGGAACCCCGAACAUGCCUCCGGCGCAGAUGCACCCGAUGCCCAUGGCUACUCCUCCUCAGUACCAUUACCCGCCUCCCAACAUGGCGCAACAACAAGUACAUACCCCUUCCCUUCAAGAUGCUUUCAUUCCGUCGACCUUGGCUCCUUCGUUCGUUCCGUCCGUCAAGUGCAAAAAGAAGAAGGGCCAGUAUCAGACCUGGGAGAAGUUUCCCCACAGCAAGUCGCGAUACACGGAUUCUUCCCAUGACAUGUCUUACGACAAUACGAAGCCUCGACGCUAUAGCAAGCACGGAGACCAUCUCUGGACCGCCCCUGGCCGGCCGAGUCCGAGAUACCAUCCUGACUUGGGCGAACACAACUUCGCCGAGCGUGGCUUUGUGUCAUCGAACGAGACACCAGCUCUCCCUCUUCCUUCAGUUCCUUCAAUUGACCUUUCUCCCGAAAGCGGUAAUUAUGAGAGAUUGCUAACAAACACAAAGCAGCAGUACGGUUACCCUCCCCAACCGACUCAGUACGAUCAGUUCGGUCGCCCCAUGUACUACAACCAGAUGGGAUACAUGCCUUCCCCUCCUGGUGGCCCUCCCACCUUCCAGCCCGGCUUCGUGCCCCCCCCUUACCACCAGCCUGCGCCGACCGCCAUGUCGCGCACCUCGUCUCACUCUGAGCGACCCUCCUCCAGCACUGGACAGCCGAGCCAACCCGUCGUUGUCUCCGGUACCCCCCAGUCUCAGAAUGCCCAAGUCAAGACCCCCGUUGUGGCUUCGUCAUCUGGCAACUUCGUCCGCCCUAAGAAGAGCGCUGCCAUCGUCAUCAAGAACGCUGCCGGUGAGGCUGUCGACUUCAAGAGCAUCAAGACCCCUUCUUCGCCCGCUCCUAGCAUUCAGCAGUCCAAGACUCCUCCGAUUGUGACCUCGACCCCAACUCCUCCUCCCAAGUCAGCCACCCCCUCCCACGUCCGCGCCGACAGCCAGGCAACUCCCAAGACUCGUCAAGAGAUCCAGGAUGAGUUGAGGGCCAAGAUUCAACAGGCCAAGGGCGGUGAGGAUAAGGCGAAGGAAGAGGCGGAGGCCAAGGCCAAGGCUGCCGAAGACGAGAAGAAGGCUGCCGAAGCCAAGGCCCAGGCCGAGGCUGAGGAGAAGGCCAAGGAAGAGGCCCGCAAGGCUGAAGAGGAGGCCGAGAUCAAACGCAAGGCCGAGGAAGAAGAGAAGGCGGCUAAGGCCAAGGCGGCCGAGGAAGAGAAGGCGGCGGCCGAGGCAAAGGCCAAGGCAGAAGCCGAGAAGCCUGUUGAGAAGGCGGCCGAGAAGCCUGUUGAGCCCGCUGCCGACGAGGAGGAUGAAGUGGAGCGCAUGAUCCGCGAAAUGGAAGAGGAGGAUGCCCGUCGCGAGAAGGAGGCCGCCGAGUACAAUGCUAAGAAGAAGGCCGAGAAGGAGGCACAGAAGAAGGCUGAUGAAGCCAACAAGGCCACCAAUGCCGCCGAGGCAGACCGCAAACUCCGCGAGGCCGAGCGCGAGAUGGAGCGUCUCGAGGAGGAGAAGGAGAGGAAGCGUGCCGAGGCUGCUGGUGCCUCUGUCGCCGAGCUUCUCGCGAAAACCAAGGCUGGCGACAGUGAGCCUGCCCAGGUUGGCGAUGUUGCCGACAAGCUUUCCAGUCUCAGCAUUGGCGAUCCAAAGGCCUCAACUCCUACCGAGGCUUCUGCGCCCAAAGCUACCCCCACCGAGAAGCGCGGCUCCAAGCCGUCUCCUUUGAACCUGGCACCCCUCAACACCAAGCCCGUGGAGGCACCUCAGCCCAGCGCUGCUCUUCAGUCCUUGAAGUCUGCUCGCUUCUUGACUGUCAUGAACCAGGAUCUUUAUCCCUCUGGCAUCAGCUCUCCUAAUCCGGCCCUGAACGCUGCGGUCGCCAAGAAGGGCAAGACUUUCAAGUACGACGCUCAGUUCUUGCUGCAGUUCCAGAAGGUCUUCACUGAGCAACCUUCCACCGAGUUCCACCAGCAGGUCAAGUCGCUGAUUGGCGAUAACGAUGGCUCUCGCUCUGCGUCCACUCCUCGCGCCGGUUCCGGCCGCGGCGGAUCCCAGCGCGGCGCUGCUGCCACGACCGCAAACUCCACCAUGGGUGGUUUCAGAGCCCCUUCCAACAACGUCCGAGGCACUACUUCUGCCGAGCGGUUUGCCAUGGCCAACGCUGCUAUGGGCUCCGGAGGUGGCCCUGUCGGCAACAUGGGCACUUUCCGUUCGUUCCCCGGCCCCCAGAUGGUGCGCACGCCCUCUUCUUCCAACAUGGGACCCAACUCUCCCAGAACCCGUUCCGCCAGAGGAGGUGGUGGUAGCAGACGCAACGACUACAACGCCAAGGAUGCGCAGGCGGCCAAGACGAUGCCUCUCACUGCGGGUAUGGAGCUCAAGCCUAUCACGGUCUCCGCUACUGGCUGGAAGCCGACCAGCAUUGGCAAGCCCAGCGCCUCUGGCCCUACUCCUGGCGCCGAUCACAUGGACCCCGAAAUGGUCCAGCGUAAGGUCAAGGCUGCUCUCAACAAGAUGACCCCGGAGAAGUUCGACAAGAUUGCCGACCAGAUCCUCACCAUUGCCGGCCAGUCCAAGGACGAGUCCGACGGUCGCACCCUCCGCCAGGUUAUCCAGCUCACCUUUGAGAAGGCUACCGACGAGGCUCACUGGGCGUCCAUGUAUGCCAAGUUCUGCAAGCGUAUGCUUGACACCAUGAGCCCCGAGAUCCGCGACGAGAACAUCAAGGACAAGAACGGCGUUGUCGUUAGCGGCGGUGCCUUGUUCCGCAAGUACCUGCUCAACCGUUGCCAGGAAGAAUUCGAGCGUGGCUGGAAGGUCAACCUGCCCACCAAGCCCGAAGAGGUUGACGAAGGCAAGCCUCAGUCAUCGGAGGCUGCCAUGCUUUCUGACGAGUACUAUAUCGCCGCUGCUGCCAAGCGUCGUGGACUCGGUCUCGUUCAGUUCAUUGGUGAACUGUACAAACUUGGCAUGCUCACGGAGCGCAUCAUGCAUGAGUGUGUCCGCAAACUUGUCGACUACGAGGGCAUUCCCGACGAGGCUGAGAUAGAGUCUUUGUCCAAGCUGCUGAGAACCAUCGGUAGCAACCUCGACGCCUCAGACAAGGGUAAGGCCUUGAUGAACGUCUACUUCGACCGCAUUCAGCACAUGAUGGACAUGCCCGAGCUUGCGAGCAGAUUGAAGUUCAUGCUUUUGGACGUUAUCGACCUCCGCAAGGGUGGCUGGGCUUCCAAGGAAGCCAACAAGGGCCCCAAGACCCUUGACGAGAUCCGCGCAGAGGCCGAGGCAGCUGCUCUGCAAAAAGCACAGGAGAACCAGCGCGGCGGCAGCCAGCGCGGUCCCGGCGGUCGCCCCAACAUGGGCCGUGGCGACUCUCGCAACUUUUCGUCCGGCUACAUGCAGGCUCAGUCCAACCAGGUCGGUAUGGACGACCUGCGGCGCCUGAAGGGCUCCACCAACAGAGCUGCCAGCGGCAACAUCUCCCUUGGCCCCACCUCCAUGUUCAGCUCGCGUAGCAACAGCGGUCGCAGACUCGGACCUGGCGGCUCCCUCGGCCGACCUGGCGAGGAUUCGGGUGCUUCAUCUCGCACCGGAACGCCGCCCACUACGCAACACACCAACGCCUUCAGCGCACUCGCCAACUUGGAUAGCGAAAACCCGGCCUCUCCCCCUUCGACUGCUGCGUCUCCUGCACUGUCCAAGGCUGUUCCUGACAGCACUGCUGCCGAGAGCAAAUGA